GAACUUUGUAAGUCUCUUCUUUUCGAUCUCUUGCUGUGUCCUCUUGUUCGUUCCUUCUGAUUACUGUAUUGUAUGUUUAUUCCAAUUUUUUAAAAUCUAGCUCAGAUGGCAACACAGGCAGAUUCUUCUUCUGCCUUAAGUCCUGAAGUAGUUGGGAAUGCCUUUGUGGAGCAAUACUACAGUAUUCUUUGUCAAUCUCCUGAUCAUGUUCACAGAUUUUAUCAUGAAUCAAGUAUGCUAAGCCGGCCAGAUUCUUCUGGUGCUAUGACCUUGGUGACUACCAUCAAAGACAUAAAUGAUAAGAUUUUGUCUAUGGAGUAUCAGAAAUUUAAGGUCCAGAUAUUUUCUGCUGAUGCUCAAGCUUCAUAUAAUGAUGGAUUGAUUGUUUUGGUAACUGGUUGUUUGCUUGGAAAGGAUAAUUUGGGAAGAAAAUUCACUCAAUCAUUUUUUCUAGCUCCUCAAGACAAAGGAUACUUUGUCUUAAAUGAUGUUUUCAGAUAUGUGGAUGAAAUGGAAGACAAAGGAGAAUCUAAAGGGGUUGUGAAUAAUAAAGCUGACGAAAUUGCUCCAAGAGCUCCUUUGGCUGCUGCUCCUGCUGUUUUCGCAGAGCCAACUCACGCUCCUGCUAACCAUGUGGUAAACCACGCUAUCCCGGAAAAUGAGGAUGGUGAAAACAGCAAAGAAGCUAGUCAUCCAUUGGGCAAUGGAAAAGUUUUGGUGACUGAGAAAAUGGCUGUUCCAGAGCAUAUAGUCGUUUCAAGUCAGAGUGAUGCUUCUCUGGUCACAAAGACACCUGCUUCUAAAACACAAGAUGAAGUCCCCAAGAAAUCUUUUGCAUCAGUGGUACAUGAUCUGAAGAAGAGUAAUUCUCCCUUUAAUGUUGUUGUGAGGGCUCCACCUGUUAAACCUGUGGAGCAAAUGUGGGGCACUGCAGCAGCAGCUGUAGAAACUGCUUCUAAUGGCAAUGGCACCAUGGAAAAAACCAACAAUAAUGCAGCAGUUAAGGGUCACUCCAUAUUUGUUGGAAACUUGCCUGAGACUGCAACAGUUGGACAACUUAAGGUGAUUUUUGAGCAGUUUGGGCCUAUUAAACCAGAUGGUAUUCGAGUGAGAAGCCAGAAGCAAACAGGGAACUGUUUCGGUUUUGUAGAAUUUGAGUCUGCCAGUUCAGUGCAAAGUGUGCUCAAGGCUUCUCCUCUCUUAAUUGGCAAUCGAAGAGCUUCUAUUGAAGUGAAGCGAGGUAAUAGUGAUGGUGGAAAGUUUCCAUCAAGUCAGGGUGGUUAUCGAGACAAUAAUUUUAGGAGGCCCUGGAAUUUUAAUGAAAGUCGUGGCUAUAGGAGAAAUGAGUAUGAGAAGCGUGGUGAGUAUGCAGAUCGUGCUCGUGGCUCUAGCAACAUCAACGGAGGGGCUAACCCAAAAGGCAAUGAGAUCGGAGGUAAAGUUGCCCCGCAAGGAGGAGCAAAGUAGAUUGCUCAUCUUUCUUCUCUUUUAGUUGUUUUCAUUAAUUCUCCCUUUUAUUUUUAUCAUAGACUGAAGUCAAUAGCGAGCAAAUUUAGCCAGCAAUUUUGAUCUUUAUUGCUGAUUUGUCAGCAUUACUUCUAAGAUUAUUCUUUUUUCAGCACCAUUCGGCUAAAUCAUAAAAUCUGAGAAAAAUAAUUGUUUCUUUUUUCCUUUACCCGGACUGUAAUUUUAUACUUGAAACUUAUAUUAUUGGAGCUGAAACCUUUGUUUCUCAA